AUGGAACUAUCUGAAAGAGAUAAUCAAGCAACUUCACCCUCCUCAACCGAUCAAAACCAAAAAUCAAGUGACACCGAAUCGAGCCAAAUCUACACACGAUGUGUGAACGAUGACUCGAAUGGGAGUAUUCUAUCGGAUUGGAUGGAUCAUUUAUCGGAUUUUGAGCAACCAACGGAUCAAUCGAUACUCAACGAGUUGAUGAAGAGCUCAUCGCAGUUUUUGUUGGAGAAGAAUGAGAAGGGAAACGGGGAGAUGCGGGAAGUGAACUCGGAAUACGCUUUUGAUAUUACUAUGUAUUGA